GAAGGUCUGCAUAUCUCAUCUGUAUUGCACACAAGAAGUUUAUUUUCCAUGCCCUCCUCUUUCUUAAAAGCUCAGAACUUUUCCCUUGAGAAGGCCAGCAGCUCUGGAAGGCCUGUGGAAGAAACAGCCUACAAAAGCCUCUGAGCCUGAGAGUAACUACUGCUUCUGUUUCCAGUGGGAGCACCAAGGUGGGAAGCUGAAAAAUGGUGCUAGAUCUCCUGAGACGCUUUACUCCCCUCCUAUUGCUGCUGGGACUUUGGGGACCAGUCUAUCAAUCUUAUGCUUUGCCUAAGAAAUUCACCAAGGCUAAGUGGUUUGAAAUUGAGCAUAUACAACCAAACCCUCUCCAAUGCAACAAGGCAAUGAGUAAUGUCAAUAAAUAUACUAAAACCUGCAAGCCUCUAAACACCUUUCUGCAUGACUCCCUCGAGAAAGUGACUGCUACCUGUAAGGAGAAGAAGACUAAAUGCAAGAAUGGCCAGCACAAUUGCCACCAGAGCGCAAACCCUGUUAGCCUCACUAACUGCAGUCUCGCUGGAGGGAAGUAUCCUAACUGCAGCUACAAAGAUUUUCCCCAGACCAAGUUCUACAUUAUUGCCUGUGACCCCCCUAAGAAGACAGACCCUCAGUAUCCUUUGGUUCCUGUACACUUAGAUAAGGUUUUGUAAAGGUUUGACCAUUUUGCCUCUCCCUUGGUACAGGUUCCUUUACGCUCUCCUGCCUUUUCUUUUGUUGAUUCCCUGGUUCCUAUGGAAGAAAAAAAAAAACGAGGGUAUUGGGAGAACUAGAGCAUCAAGGACACCAGAUCAGAGUUGGGACAAAAAGAAAUUAUGAUUCUUUCCUGCUUUGGAGCUCUGCAUGUUUCAAAGGAAGGCAAUAAGGAAGAGGGAAAAGAAGGGUCCAGACCUUCCUAUUAUUUUAGCCUGGAAACUUCUGUCAAGCUUUGUUAUACUGCAUUAUCAGCAAUAAAACCACUUUCUUCUGCAUUCUAAUGAGAAUGAGUGAGAUCUCUUUUGUUACCAGAAGAGGACUGACACAAAGGUGGGUCAGUCCCAGCACCCUUGAAAAUAGGCACUACUAAGUGCC